AAUGGCGUGUACAUCAUGAAACACAUGUACCAUGGACUAAUUAUACAUCAUGUGUUGAUAUUCCUGAUCUUAAUUUUCGUAAUAUGAUCAUCAAACUAUAUAUUGUUGGCUAUUCAAUAUCAUUGGUUGCAUUGUUAAUUUCAAUAACAAUUUUUAUUUCAUUCAAAACAUUAUCAUCACAAACUCGAAUACGAAUACAUAAAAAUCUUUUUCUAAGUUUUAUUAUCAAUAAUUCGAUGUGGAUCAUCUGGUAUUUAGUAAUACGAGAUGGAAAUAUUCUAUUUGAAAAUGGUUUUUUCUGUCAAGCAUUACAUGUUGUAUUACAUUAUUUUCUU